AUGUCACGGUGGCUAAUUCCCGGAUCGAAACGCACUCACCGCGCCCCACAAGAACAGUGGCGCGAGAUUGACCAAGGCGCAGGUUCUCGGCGCCGGUCCUACGAAGAAGGGGCCAGAUUUACUUCUGGCCCUAUCCGCAACACAGGCGGGACUGGGGACAAGGGGAGGACAGCCAUAAAAAUGGCUAUGCCCGUCAGCGGCGCCAAGACUUGCAAUUCUGACGCCAGAUCCUCCCCGUACCAAUGCACGACGUGCGACCAUGCUUUUUCGUCAAGUGUGCAACUAAGACGACAUGUUAUGGCCAGGGCUUGUGGCGACAAGCUAAAGUGCGGGCACUGCCCGCAACGUUUUGGCAGUUUCAGAUCAACGAGGCUACAUGAGCGUAAGGCGCAUCCCGUGGAGUACGCCAAAGAAGCCGCAGACCUUCGCGAUCCCGUGCCUGAAACAGAGAUCUUUCAGAUCAUGUCCGGGAUCGAGGCCCAAAAUCCAGCGGGUCAUAUUAACAAACGCAUGGCUGAAGUGACUGGUCUGACGAUAGACCAGAUACGGGGCAAGAGAAAGAAACCCGACUACCAGAAAUAUUUGGAACUGACCAAGAGGAAACUUCAAGCCCCUGGUAGUCGGAAACUCACACUAUCGGUGGAUCCACCAUCUAUUGCCCCAGGUCGCAGCACUACCACGGGUUGCGACGAAGCGCCCAUGUUGCCCUCGCGUAAUAUUCAACAUCCAGCCUCUAGCCAAGGCAGGUUACUUUCCAGCGUCAAGAGGCAGCUGCUAAGCAGAAGCGGCCGAGGGAGAGCUGCUCACCGCGGGAGCUCAACCCCGCUAAGAGGAAAUCGCAGCCGGCUAAAAGUCGACAAAACAAGCAGAGGAAUGAAUGCAAUCCUGACGACACUGAUCCCACCAGUGCGCCGUCUGAGAUGA